GGCGGGAGCUGCACUGGCCAGGGGUUCCGGCUGCAUUUCCAUGAGCGCCGCCGGCAGCCGCGGAGCUGCAGGAACCGGGCUGGGCGCAAGCUGGCCCGCGGUCAACCACGCGCAGCUUUUAGGUUAAUUUGAAUAAGAGAUCUGAACCGAGCGGCCCGGCUGUACAACUCUUCAAGGACAGUCAAUCUGCGGUAAAGAGGAAGAAGGGACAUAGCUCAAGAUGAAUGCCAUGCUAGAGACCCCCGAGCUCCCGGCCGUGUUUGAUGGGGUGAAGCUGGCGGCCGUGGCUGCCGUGUUGUACGUGAUCGUCCGCUGUUUGAAUCUGAAGAGCCCCACCGCCCCGCCUGACCUCUACUUCCAGGACUCUGGGCUCUCGCGCUUUCUGCUCAAGUCCUGUCCUCUUCUGACCAAAGAAUACAUUCCACCGUUGAUCUGGGGGAAAAGUGGACACAUCCAGACAGCCUUGUACGGGAAGAUGGGAAGGGUGAGGUCGCCACACCCCUACGGGCACCGCAAGUUCAUCACCAUGUCCGACGGAGCCACUUCGACCUUCGACCUCUUCGAGCCCUUGGCAGAGCACUGUGUUGGAGAUGAUGUUACUAUGGUCAUCUGCCCGGGAAUCGCCAAUCACAGCGAGAAGCAGUACAUCCGCACCUUCGUGGACUAUGCCCAGAAAAACGGCUACCGGUGCGCGGUGCUCAACCACCUGGGCGCCUUGCCCAACAUUGAGCUGACCUCACCGCGCAUGUUCACCUACGGCUGCACCUGGGAGUUUGGAGCCAUGGUGAACUACAUCAAGAAGACGUAUCCCCAGACCCAGCUGGUGGUCGUGGGCUUCAGCCUGGGCGGUAACAUCGUGUGUAAAUACUUGGGGGAGACUCAGGCAAACCAAGAGAAGGUCCUGUGCUGCGUCAGCGUGUGCCAGGGGUACAGCGCUCUGAGGGCCCAGGAGACCUUCAUGCAGUGGGACCAGUGCCGACGCUUCUACAACUUCCUCAUGGCCGACAACAUGAAGAAGAUCAUCCUCUCGCACAGGCAAGCUCUUUUUGGAGACCAUGUUAAGAAACCCCAGAGCCUGGAGGACACAGACUUGAGCCGCCUCUACACAGCCACGUCCCUGAUGCAGAUUGAUGACAACGUGAUGAGGAAGUUCCACGGCUAUAACUCCCUGAAGGAAUAUUACGAGGAGGAGAGCUGCAUGCGGUACCUGCACCGGAUCUAUGUGCCUCUCAUGCUGGUUAACGCAGCUGAUGACCCCUUGGUGCACGAAAGCCUCCUAACCAUCCCCAAAUCGCUCUCCGAGAAACGGGAGAACGUCAUGUUUGUGCUGCCUCUGCACGGCGGCCACCUGGGCUUCUUUGAGGGCUCCGUGCUGUUCCCCGAGCCCCUGACGUGGAUGGAUAAGCUGGUGGUAGAGUACGCCAACGCCAUUUGCCAGUGGGAGCGUAACAAGUCCCAGUGCUCGGACACGGAGCAGAUGGAGGCCGAGCUGGAGUGAGGCCUCCCGGACUCCGGCGCGGUCCAGCCGCCUCCCCUGGAACCCGCGUCCCUCACCGGCAGAUUCGGGUCCCCCAUCUCCCCGCGGUGACCUGGAUCUGACCUCACGCCAUCAGCGGGGACGGACCCCCCCCCCAGGCACACCUGUGGCCAAGUAGGCUGCCGUCCCUGGGGGCUCCAGGCUAUUUUUAUGCUUAGUUACUGGUUUUCUCCAUUGCGUUGUUAUCCGUGGUGACAAGCGACAGGGUUCUCACCCUCCUGUCCACUUUCAGCAUUUGAUUGCUUUUAAGCCAAUUACAUCUAGUUUCCCUAUUAAAAAUGUGUCUGAACAGCA